GCCGCUGCUCCCCGAGUGCCACCUCGCGGGCUCCUCGCCUCCUCCUCUUCCUCCUCCUCCUCCUCCUCCUCCUCCUCCUCCGGAGGCCCGGGGAAGGUGACAGGCCGGCGGCGCAGGCGCGGAGCUCCCUGCGGGGAUGUCCCGCAAGCAGGCGGCCAGGGCCCGGCCCGCCGGCCGCAGGAGGGCCCCGAGCCCCGCAGCGGGCGGAGGCGGCCUCGCCAGGCAGCUCCGGGCCCUCGGCCUCAAGCUGCGGGAGGUGCCGGGCGAUGGCAAUUGUUUGUUCCGGGCCCUUGGUGACCAGCUUGAGGGGCACUCCCGAAACCACCUCAGACAUCGCCAGGAAACGGUGGACUACAUGAUAAAGCAGCGGGAGGAGUUUGAACCGUUCGUGGAAGAUGAUGUUCCCUUUGAGAAACACGUUACCAACUUGGCAAAGCCGGGUACCUUUGCUGGCAACGACGCUAUUGUGGCCUUUGCAAGGAACAAUCAAAUGAAUGUGGUUAUUCAUCAGCUUAAUGCUCCACUGUGGCAGAUUCGAGGCACAGACAAAAACAACGCGAGGGAGCUGCACAUUGCAUAUCGGUAUGGAGAGCACUAUGACAGCGUGAGGAGAAUUGAUGAUGACUCAGAAGCUCCAGCAUAUCUUCAGAUGGAGAUGCUUUCCAAAAACGAUGCAAGUGAGGAGGAAAUGAAGCCAGAGAAGAGUGGCUCUGAAGAUGAGAUUGAAGUUGAAAAGGAAGCUGCUAUACAAAAAGUGUGCAGUGCAACUGGAUGUUCAGACAUUGAGUUAGUAAGCCAGGUUCUGAAAGUGGAAGACUACAACGUAGAUUCUGCAAUAUUUGCCAUCCUUCAAGUGAAGGAAAUGGAAGGUAUCGGUGCUGAGGAGCAGCGCGAUCCUCAGAGCAAAGGUCAAAAAUCGUGUACCUCAGCCCUGUGGGAAGAUAACAGAAGUGGUUCAAGAAUCUUCAGAAAUCAGAGUUUGCAUCAAGAUGAAAUAGAAAACCACAAAGGACUGGCUAAAUCUGAUGAAGAUAGUCAAUCCAGCAAAAACCCAAAGGUAUCAAAAAAACUAAAGAAGGAACAGCAACGGCUGGAGAAAAAGAAGAGACAGGAAGAAAGGCACCGACAAAAGGUCUUGGCCAACAAAAGUAACUGUGCAGAUAGCAACAGGAGAGAGAUGGACUCGGAUAACCAGAUCACCUUGGUGAAGGCCAUGACGGCUCUAAACAUAUGACUGAAUGUUCUGAGCAUUCUGGUGGGAAAAGCAAAGGAAACUGAUCGAGACAAAACUCCUCUUAAGCAAAUUUCCAAGCACCCACUGUCAUCUUGAAAUCAAUUUCUGCAGAGAUCUCUGAGCACAUAGGAACUUUGUUUCUUCAACUGCAGGGCAAACAGUUACUCAGUAAUUCUACGUCAAGCUGUGUGAGAGAAGAGAGUUUUAAACUUAACAAAAAAGUAGAGGUUUAUUUUUGUUCCUAUGGAGUUAGGUUAAGGUUAACCUUUUCCCCACACAGCAAUGCCAGACUUGCUUUGAGAUCUCUUGAUAUGUUUAGAUUUGUUAUAGCAACUUUGUGCUUAGUUAUGCUUAGAGGAGAUUUAUUUUACCUUACUGUCAGGGAAAGCGUUAACAGUUCUCAACUCAGGAACACACUUUUUUUUUUUUUUUUUAAUUUAAAUUUAAAAAGUAAGGGAACAGAGGAACAGAAUCCUUCCAAAAAACUAAGUGUCAGCCAAUACUAUCAAACAUAAUAUUCCUCUUUUCUUUCUCAUCCAAGAGAGUUAAACCAGUGGGCUCCUGGUACUGCAGAGCCAUUUCUUCUGAUCUAUAAAGUCUAAUGAGGUAGCAAUAUGACACACUACAAGCAGGCAUGAGAUUUCUGCUGAGUGCUGUUACUUGAACAUCUGGAAUCUCAUCUCCUUUGCCAUACUUUGGAGCUGUAGGGCCACUCCAGAGCUUUAGUCCAAGCCAGGAACUUAAUAGUUUUUAGUCUCUAAAUGAAAUUUGUGUAGCCAACGGAUUGAGAGUUCUGGGAACAAGCUUCCAAGCAGCAGUGAUCACUGGGAACCCUGCCUGCUUCACUCUUCGUAAAUCAAGCUUUUUCCAGAAUAGGAUUUUCAUCUUAAAUCCCUCUUGCAUAUGGUCACUAGGUACUGUAGAAUGUAUACUUUGAAUCCUGUGGUGCUUUUAUAGGGAAUUUGGACUGAAGUGUAAGGACUGUGGGAUUUGGCCCUAGACUUAUGGCUUGCAGUAUUUCAGCCUCACUCAGGUUUUGGACUUGUAUCAAGGAGUAAGCUUUAAGAAAGCACGUGCACUUACACACAGUAGACAACAGGAGGCACUUCAUCAGCCAGGGCAGAGAUGAAAUAAAUUUUUUCAAAUUAAGGAGCAUUGUUGUUUUUCUUCAAAUCUAUACAUUCUUUGGAGCUUCCAAAUCGAUACGUAAAUGCCUUUUUUUGACUGAAAUGCCAAAACCUGAGGUAGUAUUUCUUCAUAUGCUCUGCUACUGCUCUUGAUAGAGCAUUUGAACAAUAAAAAGGAAGGAGCUCUACUUUAAAUACUGACGGUGUAGGCGAACAGGCUUGAAUGCUUGUUAAAAAGUUACUUUGGUUCCUGUAAUGAGCUUGGCAGAAA